CAGUCCUUUUUCUUCCUCCUCAGACGAUGAGAAGGUUGCUGAGCGCGCUGCAGACCGCCGUGCGUUUGUCUCCCUCUCAGCCACACAAAGUGCCCCAAAACGUACCGAUCCGACCCGUACCUUUACUCUGUGCCACCUCAAAACUAGUACCCCUCACCCCCGCCUCCAGCACGUUUUGUAGCAAUGGAGCCGUAAAACCCGCCACAGAGAACUGAGCCGAGUGAGUAAACAGCGGAGAGACCAAGUGGCUAUGGAGGAGAAGCGCGGAGAGGCUGGAGUCUAGACUGAAACCUACAGACCCAUCAGUCCGGAAUACUUUCUAAAAGCUAUUGGAACUUUGCUGUCAGUAUUUGUAAAACCCAGGGUGUUUUAUUUUUUAUUUCACGUUUGAUCGUCUGAGCAUAAAAUUGCACAAGAAUGCAGGGAAAGAAGAAACCGAGCGUCUGCACGGGAUGCUGGAGGCAAAUGCUGCUGUCGUGCGUCCUGGCUCUGCACCUGAUCCCGCUGUAUGUCCACGGGACUGUUCUUAAGAUAAUUGCUACUGAGCCAGACAAUAAAGUCAAUAUCACUUCUCCACUCAUCGAGGAGGAAGGCCCCGUAAACGUUAAUGAUGUCAUCGCAACAGUAACUGGGAUGAGCACCUCUGCCACUUCUGCUCCGAUCAGCCCUGUGACACCGAGGGCUGGUCGUAUCCCUCGAGGCGGCAAGGAGGACGACGACAGCAGCGGCAUGUUUGCUGAUCCUGUGGUUCCCACGGUGGAGAAAAUGACCUUGGCAGCAACGCCCCAUAUCAUCCCUGAUUCGGCUGAGACAGACCUUCUGUUGCCUAGCAACCCCCGCAGACAGGACGUUUUGGAAGGAGAGGAAGAGGGAGAUGAAGAGGUGCAGCGUUUGCCACACACUGACCCACCUUGGAUCCAUGUCAAGGAAACUGCCAUGUUUGACCUGGACCACCUUACGACCACUACUGCCCUGCCAGCUGCUGCCACCAACCCUUCCAACCCGGACGUCCUUCACGUGGAUUUCUUUGAUCCGUCCUCUCGUGGGCGUAACCUAGACCUAGCCCCACCAUCUCCGUCAUCUCUGGCCCACGAGCUGCAAGGUGGUGAUGCAACUUCCUGGGCAAUGCCAGAAAACUACGACUACCUUACACCCUAUGAAGACGGCAUGACUCCCACCGUUGACAAGUACAGCUACAGCACUACAAGCAAUGCUUACGAGAGUGACGAAGACCUUAGAGAGGCUGUGGGGUCUCCUGCUCGUUCCAGGCCCCGGGUCCCAGGGUCUGGAUCCUUCAACCCUGGUGGUCCGGAUCCUGGUGCGGUACCUGAUGUCUCACCUAACGGGUGUCAACUGGGCUCCCAGAGGAUCAAUGGAAGCUGCCGCUCUGUCUGUCUGUCCAACUAUUGCCUCAACGGAGGGCGGUGCUACCAGCUGACUGAUGAGGAGAUUUUCUGCAGAUGCAAUGUCCAGGAUUACAUAUGGCACAAAGGUGCGCGCUGCGAGUCGGUGGUGACUGAGUUCCAGGUGAUGUGCCUCACCGUGGGUGCCUCGGCCGUGGUGGUCUUGCUGUUCUUCAUGAUCAUCGUCUGCUUCGCCAAGAAGCUCCACGUUCUUAAGAGAGAGAACAAGAAGCUGCGUAAGCGCAGCAGUAAGUACCGGCCUUCAUCGGAGCAGCACAAUGAUAAUUUCUCGCUGUCCACCAUCGCUGAGGGCUCCCACCCAAAUGUAAGGAAACUCUGCGAAACCCCUCCUAACGUCCCUCAUGCCCGUGCAUUGGCUUACUAUGAUAACAUUAUCUGUCAGAAAACCAUGAGCAGAUACACCUGGGAGUGUAAGACCAAAGAGGAGUCCGACUGCGAGGAUGAUCCUCAUUCCCAGAACAAGCUGGAGGACCCGGUGAAGGCUCCGCCCAAGGAGGACGACUCCCUCAACAUCCACAACUCUCUGACCCCCAAACAUGAGAACCACAAGGUCCUGGGCGAGGAGAACUCCUCGGAGGUAAACUCACUGCAGAACAACAUGAUGUGAAAAUAAACAAAACGCAAAACAGCCCCCAGCAACUUGACAACAAAACACAGAAAACGACAAGGUGUGCCGGCAACGGGAAGAUGUAGACCCCGCUCCCCUACUUUCUGUUCGCCCACUGCCGAGCUCGCCUAACCGGUCAACCAACCAGCCUGUCAACACACCAGCCAACCAACUUUGUCUGCAACUGUUUCCAACAUGGCACCACUGCCACGAGCAGCCUCUGGUUGCUGCAAAUAAAACAAAAGAAAAAAUACACCAACUCUGCCGCCGACACUGCCCCAGCUAAAACCCCACCCCAAUCUGCUUCACCCCAAAGCCCCCGGUUAAUCCCCCUCUACCCCUUACAUUGAGACAUGACCCUGUUUCGCAGUCCUGCCCCUUCUUGUUUCUUCAACAUUUUCCUCUCUGUGAUACCUGCACACAUGCGCACACAGACAUUAGAAGCAUACGCAUCCUGUGAAAAGCUCUAAGACAUAAACCCGCUUUUAUGUGAACACUGUCACACAUACCUUCCCUUUCCCCGCCUGCAUUGGUGUAUUUGUAAAAAGAAAGAAAUCAUACAGAAGUUUAAAACGUACAGAAAAAGUUGUAAAAAAGGUUUUGAUGUUUGUCUGACUAAUCCAGUGAGUAUGUAUAAAUAUUGGCAAAAAAUUGCUUGGAUUGAUUUAAAAGAAGCAACACAAUGUGUCUUGGUUUUCAUUGAUGUGAUUUCUAAUCCUUUGAUGUACUUGUUUUUUUUUUUUGUACUUUUUUGGGACUUCAAACAGAGAAUAAACAAAUGAAACUCAGACAGUUGUCGAAAUAAACCUUUUUAACAUGA